AUGAGACGUCCUUCCUCCGGGCUACUCGCGCGCCACUCAUGGAUCUGUACUGGGUGCAGAGCCAGAGCCAGAGCCAGCUACUCCUCCGCCGCGAAUCUCAGCAAAUCCAAGAACCUCCCCCAGACGCCCGCCAGGACUCGUUUUGCGCCGUCGCCUACCGGAUAUCUUCAUCUCGGAUCUUUGCGGACUGCAUUAUUUAACUAUCUCCUUGCGAAACGGACCGGGGGACAGUUUCUGCUGCGGAUUGAGGAUACAGAUCAGAAACGGACAAUUCCUGAUGCGGAACAGCGAUUAUAUGAGGACUUACAGUGGGCUGGGUUGAAUUGGGAUGAAGGCCCGACGGUUGGAGGUCCUUACGGUCCAUACAGACAGUCCGAACGAACCACUAUCUACCGAACACACGCCCACGACCUAGUCUCCAACGGCCAUGCCUACCGCUGCUUCUGCUCCUCAGAACGCCUCGACUCCCUCGCCAGACACCGCAACGCAGCCGGUCUCUCCGCAGGAUACGACAGACAAUGCGCCGACAUCCCCACAGCCGAAUCCGAGGAGCGAGCAUCCAAAAAUGAGACACAUGUGGUUCGAUUGCGGGCAAACGAUUACCCCAUGUUCAACGACCUAGUCUACGGUAAGACAGGACAGAACCGCCCCAAAAGCAAAUUGGAUAUGAUCGAGCGCGUUUGGGAUGAUCCGAUCUUGGUCAAGUCCGACGGACACCCAACGUAUCACCUUGCUAACGUGGUGGAUGACCAUCUUAUGGACAUUACCCAUGUCAUCCGCGGCACGGAAUGGAUGCCCUCCACGCCCAUGCACGUCGCCUUGUAUAACGCCUUCAACUGGACGCCUCCGAGCUUCGGCCACGUUCCCCUUCUAGUCGACAAGGCGGGACAGAAACUCAGCAAGCGGAAUGCCGAUAUCGACCUGUCAUCGUUCAAGGACAAGCAGGGCCUGUUCCCAGAGACACUGGUAAACUUCGCUGCGCUCCUGGGCUGGUCUCAUACCCAGAAGUCGGACGUCUUCAACCUUGAAGAAUUGGAGCAAAUCUUCAACCUAAAAAUCACCCGCGGCAACACCACCGUCGCCUUCGAAAAGCUCUGGUUCCUCCAAAAAGCACACGCCCAACGAGCUGCCGCAACCAACAGCCCUACCUUCCAAGACAUGAUAACCCGCCUCUCCAACCUCGUCCAAGAAAUUAUACCCAUCGAACAACUAAAACCAAUCCUCCAAUCGCGCCCCAUACCCGAGUACAUAACCCCGAUCCUCCACGCCGACGCAAAAUCCUACACCACGGCCUCCGAGUUCCUACAACGCAAUGCAACAUUCUUCACAACUACUCUCACCAGACAACCCUACGCCCCAACGCCCGCCAACGAAAAAGAACCAAUCCCAAUGAGCGCUCUACACACCGCUGCCGCAGCGUUAUCACUCGUCCCGGACGCUCAUUGGAUGGUCGACACGCACCGCGCGAAUAUCUCUUCGUAUGAUGGGGGUAUUGUUGUCUCUACCCCUCCAAACCAAGAGCAGCUGCAACCCGAAGAUGCUGAGAAAACGCGCGUUGCAACCGACAAACGCUUUAAGAAAGAACUGUAUCAUUAUCUCCGGUGGGCGCUGUCUGGCGGUGCCCCUGGGCCGGGGAUUCCGGAGACGAUGGCGAUUUUGGGCCGUCAGGAGUCUGUAAAGAGACUGGAGGAGGGUAGAAGGUUGACUAUGCAGUUAGCGGAGGGGGAAGAGACGGUUGAGAAGGGUGAGAGUGACGAGGGAAAGGAUCAAGACAAGGCGUGGAUGGGGUCGCUGGCGCCGAGGUAG